CAGGCCCACGAUAAAAAAUGGAGUUCUUUGUUUUGUGACGUCUUAAAUGUUAAGUUCUAGCUUUAAAUAAAUAAGAAUAAAUGUCUGUGUUAACCGGUAUUACAUGAAUCAAUCUGAAUCAAACGUAUGGUUCCUACCGGUGCCAUGACAGAACCCCAAAAUACUCGUUUCGACACAUCCGAAGAACGACUGAUCGCCAAAGAGGCAAACGCCCAGAAAUUAAAGUCCACUGGUUUGCUGAAGAACGGAUUUAAACUGAAUUUGAGAAAGAAAAAUGGAUACAAGACGGUGUUGUCGAAGAGCAAUGAAGAUCUAUGCACGCAUAACUUAAUAUUGAACAAUACAGAUGACAAUAAUGGAGUACAAAACCAGUCGGGGAGGGAAAGUGAUAGCGGAAAGGGCAGCCCGAAAACAUCCCCUUUGGGGUCGCCCACAACCGACACUUGGUUCCACACAUGGCCGGAACGAGUGGAAAAGCUGAAAACCGCUGACUCCAGUCCGGAGAAAUCUGACGAGCAAAACGGAAAUUCAGCGUCAGACCCACAUAGCGUGAAUAACAAACUAACACUGAAUGAAGCAUUAAAGAACAUAUCACUAGCUUAUAGUCCGGUGACCAGGAAGCUUCACAUCGUAGAAGACCUACCUGCUAUUAAGAAAACUUCUGAAUCUCAAGAUGAUCAAACUGACUGCGAAAGUAAUUUUAGGUGUACAUUAGGGGCUGGUGGCGACUUCACAGCAGCCAAGGAAAAUUCUAGUCCAACGAAAGUAUUUGGCCAUAGAAGGAUUCAAGAGGGCUCAUUCUCAAGCACCAUAUCAACGCUAAGCGAGCCGUCAACAUCAGGAAGCCUGAUCGACAGUGAGGAUCGAUCUUUGUCGAACUUUGGAGACGAAACCGUCGGUCCAGAGGAGAAAACCCGCAGGAAAAGCCUCACCCAUUUCUUCACCAAAAAUGUGUUUUCCUGGAAAUCAACCAACACCGAUUCAACUGGAGGCAGUGUCUGGAAAUUGUUCGGCAAAAACUCUUCCCAGUGCAACAAUUCUCCUUUACAUACCGUCGCCAGUUCAUCAGCCUUAAUUCAAAUGAAGAGGCCAUCGUCUUUGCCUGCCAAGACUGUGGAAGAAGAACAAAAGCAUGCUCAAGAAUACAAUGAAAUUCUGGCGGCAGCCAAACGGAAAGAAGCCAGAAGCACUGCGGCCAAGGAGAAGCAAAAGAAGCUCCAGCUGCAGCAGGAAGAACAACAGGCAACUGCUGCCAAACACUUUUGUCAAAAUGUGAUACCGAAUUGGAGUCAAAUGGAGAAAAACAAAAAGACGCAAGACCUUUGGUGGCAAGGACUGCCCUCGAGCGUAAGGGGCAAAGUCUGGCGUUUAGCCAUCGGCAACGAACUGAAUAUAACUCAGCAACUGUACGAAAUUUGCGUAACACGAGCGCAAAACAGACUGAACAGCCCUGAACCACCCCCAUGCGAAUAUGAGAACGAUCAGGAAAGCAGCAUGGACGUUAUCGAAUUGGAUAUCGCCAGAACGUUCCCCAAUUUGGGCAUAUUCCAACAGGGCGGGCCUUAUUCGGAUGUUCUUCAUUCGCUUCUGGCCGCGUACGUGUGCUUUAGGCCUGAUGUGGGAUACGUGCAGGGCAUGUCUUACAUAGCAGCGAUUUUGAUACUAAACAUGGACGUUUGCGAUGCUUUUAUUUGUUUUGCAAACCUGCUUAAUCAGCCCCUGCAUCUGUCCGCCUUCACGCUGAACCAGCCCCAGAUGAACGCCUACUACAGCGCCUACAAUUGUGUUUUCAACAGCAAUUUGCCCAAAUUGUAUGGGCACUUUGAAAAGGCCGGCCUUACGCCCGAUUUGUACCUACUCGACUGGAUUUACACGGUGUUUGCCAAGGCAAUGCCUUUGGAUGUGGCUUGCAGGAUAUGGGAUCUUUUUCUAAGGGACGGGUACGAGUUCAUUUUCCGAACAGCGCUAGGAAUUCUCCACUUGUACCAAGCGAACCUCCUUACAAUGGACUUCCUGCAAGGAGCUCAAUUUCUUACAAAGUUGCCCGAAGACAUGUCUUCGGAUCAACUGUUCAAAAGCAUCCAGAACAUCACGACUUGCAUAAGGAAAACUUGUUUUAGUGAAAUAGUACAUAGGUGUGCGACACAGCAAUCCAUGACUGACUUGUACAGGUAGUUGUAGUUUGAAUGAAGCAGAUCUGAUAUGGAACUGGGUCUCGAUUUACUAAGUUGGCAGAUUUUUUCAUUAAACUCCAUAAUCAUUGAUACAAACGAUCAAACGCAAUGAACCAAUUUUUUAUUAGCUUAAUAAAUUUAAGAUUUUAUCGUUUUCCGUCCUGUGAAACCCUUCCACAAUCUCACGACGAAGGGUAAUUGAAUGUUUAUUUUGUCCAAUUAUCAGCAUGUUGAUCAAAUUGUUUAAAACGCCUAAGUGCCGAUUAAAUGUCUCACUUUAUAAUGAUUAUAUCGUUGCUAUGUAGUAUUUACGUUUAUAAAUUGUGAUAUUUAUGUGAAUAUUCUAUUAUAUUAUUUGGAAUUCUGUUUGUAAAUAUGGAAGUUGCAUCUGCUUUUUAAAUGCCCAACCAGAUUGGACUUUUCGAUCUGUUGAUGUUUUGAUAUUAAGCACUUAUUAUUACUAUUCGCUGGUUAAGACUAUAUUUUUUAUAAAAAUAAUAUUUUAUUUAUUCCCA